AAAACGGUUUUACAUUAAAGACCACAAGAGGUUCACUCCAAACUGCAAUUUUAUUAUUCAUGCAAAAGAGAUGAAGUCAAUCUUAUCCAGCACUUCUCUCGACUCUUCCUUCUCUCUCUCUAAACGUUACUUCAACUGGAAGAAGAAGAAGGUUCAAGAAGAAGAUGAAGAGGAGGAAGAAGAAGACGAUCACAACAACGAACAAAAUAUCUUGACAAGUUUCAACUUCUCCUCCGACCCGACACAACCAGAUCAGUUCCAUACUCAACACGUGAUGCAAAAGAAGAAGAAAAAGAAAAAGACAAUGGAGAAGAUCCGUUAUGCACUCGGUCUCUCUAGUCCGAAUCUAGGUUUCCGUGUCGUGGGUACGUUAUUCGGAAACCGUCGUGGACAUGUGUACUUCGCCGUACAGGAUGACCCGACCCGUUUACCAGCUGUUCUGAUCCAGCUACCGACUCCGACGAGCAUACUCGUCAAGGAAAUGGCUUCGGGGCUCGUGAGGAUAGCGCUGGAAACGGCAGCGUUUAGGACGGACUCGAAGAAGCUACUUGAAGAGUCGACGUGGAGAACGUACUGCAACGGCAGAAAGUGCGGUUACUCGGUGAGGAAAGAGUGUGGAGAGGCGGAGUGGAGAGUGUUGAAGGCGGUGGGGCCUAUUACGAUGGGUGCUGGAGUCUUACCUGCGGCGGCAACGGUAAGGGAAGAAGGGAGUGAAGCGGUGGGGUCCGAGAAAGGUGAGCUCAUGUAUAUGAGAGCCCAGUUCGAGCGGGUUAUCGGGUCGAGAGACUCGGAGGCUUUUUACAUGAUGAAUCCAGAUGGGUCAAGUGGUGGGCCUGAGCUUAGUGUGUAUUUUCUAAGGGUUUGAGGCGAUAUUAGUAACGAUGAAAGAAGGUAUAUUGUGUUUUUGAUUAUGGUGUUUUUAAAUGAUCGGAUAAUGACAUAUGGAAAAAUGUGAUUUUGAAGCAAUAUUGUAUGACAUUAUUGUUUAUUUUUGCAUAUGGUCAAUAAUAUUUUGGAUUUUCUCAAUGCAAACAUAUGCUUCUCUACUAAACGACUGAAAAUUUUGAGUGAAAUAAUUGUUUGUGAA